AAGGGCUCCAGACUGUCCAAACAUCCAUGAAACUCGUGCUAUACAGACCCUUACAAACAGAGAAGUCCUUUUUUUUCUUUUUUCUCCACUUUUAACAAAGUGCGUAAAAUGGUGCCAGAAGUCAUAACAUGAGAGAUAGAGAGAACCGCCUUGUUAGUAUCGCGCUCGCCACGAAUACUGUUGCUAUGAUUGUCAGUCGGUUCUUUAGGGGCGUCUUUAGCAGUGCGAUGAUGUUGUAUCUGAGGAUCACGGCGCUUUCGCUUUCAUGUUAUGGUCCAUCAGGCUGGCAAACGGCCCUCUAUACAGCCCUAUUUCUGGGUGGAUUUUGUAUCCUAGUAUUGUUAGACUCAUUAUCCGCUUUCCGAUCACACCGCCUAGGAUGAUGGAGAAGGUCUUUUAGCUGGCUAUCACAUGCAAAGGUAACAUUUAAAUAUUCCCAAACAAGCCUUGGCUUGUUACGGUUAGCACAGGC